AUGAAAUUUCCAUUUUGCCGGAGUCCUGUCGUGUCUGAUGCCUUUCUGUCUCAUAUCGCCGAAACCUUGAAGGAAAUCGAGGCUGAAGGGCUCUACAAGAAAGAACGCCUGAUCUCCUCACCGCAAGGGGGGGUGAUUACCGUUGGCGGGCGUGAGGUCAUCAACCUGUGCGCCAACAACUAUCUUGGGCUGGCGGACCAUCCGGCGCUUGAAGAAGCGGCGCGCAAGGCGCUGGAACCCAAGGGUUACGGUAUGGCGUCAGUGCGCUUCAUCUGUGGCACCCAGGACAUUCACCGUCAGCUGGAACAGCGUCUGGCACAGUUUCUGGGCAAGGAAGACUCCAUUCUUUUCGCUGCUUGUUUCGAUGCCAAUGGAGGCUUGUUCGAACCGCUUCUGGGGCCGGAAGACGCGAUCAUAUCGGACGCGCUAAAUCAUGCCUCGAUCAUUGACGGCAUCCGCUUGUGCAAGGCCAGACGCUUCCGAUAUCAAAAUUCCGAUAUGACGGAUCUGGAAGCGAAACUGAAAGAGGCGCGCGAGGGCGGGGCCCGUCACAUCAUGAUUGCCACUGACGGCGUUUUUUCCAUGGACGGAUACCUGGCGAAAUUGCCGGAAGUAACGGCGCUUGCUCAGAAGUACGACGCCCUGGUCAUGGUUGACGACUGCCAUGCGACCGGCUUCAUGGGACCAAAGGGUGAGGGGACACCGGCACAUUUUGGUGUUGAUGUCGAUAUUCUGACCGGCACGCUCGGCAAGGCGCUUGGCGGUGGUAUCGGAGGCUACAUUGCCGGCCCUCAGCCUGUUGUCGAUCUUCUUCGCCAGCGUGCGCGCCCCUACCUCUUUUCCAAUUCACUUCCGCCGGCCGUCGUCAUGAGCGGGCUGGAAGCAAUUCGUCUGGUCGAAGAGGGUGACGAUCUUCGCCGCAACCUUUUCGAAAAUGCGAACUACUGGCGCAAAGGGUUGGAAACUCUCGGUUUUGACCUUCUCCCCGGCGAGCAUCCGAUCAUUCCGGUCAUGCUUGGCGAAGCGAAGCUGGCACAGGCAAUGGCAGCGGCCUUGUUCGAAGAAGGGGUCUAUGUUUCCGGUUUCUUCUUUCCGGUGGUUCCCCGUGGGCGGGCGCGAAUUCGAACCCAGAUGAACGCUGCUCUGACAAGAAACGAUCUGGAUCGCGCUCUGGAGGCGUUCGCAAAGGCGGGCAAGGCGACCGGGGUCCUGUCGUGA